CUCUGCAGGUGGUCUUUCAAGGAUAUCUCUAUUUUGAAGGGACGUCCUCAACUCUUUGCACCCGUUUCCAGAUUUAUCAGCCUAGGCCUCCCGAGAGGCGACAACCCAGUCUUCAACGACUUUUUCAUCGCAGCUCUGGCUGCUGGAGUCGCGUUUUCGCUGCUUCGCUUCUGGGGAGAAAUCGCCAAGCGAGGACUUCUCGAAAAGACAAUGAACCGGAAGCUUGUACAUAUAAGCAUUGGGCUCGUCUUCUUGCUUUUCUGGCCACUUUUCAGUUCUGGACCACAGGGAGCAUAUCUGGCAGCUCUUGUCCCAGGUGUUAAUAUAAUACGGAUGCUUCUAAUAGGACUUGGAAUAUGGAAGGAUGAGGCCACUGUCAAGUCAAUGAGCAGAUCCGGUGACUACAGGGAACUUCUAAAAGGACCAUUAUAUUAUGCUUCCACAAUAACCUUAGCUUCUGUUGUUUACUGGCGUUCAUCCCCUAUUGCCAUUGCAGCAAUUUGCAACCUCUGUGCUGGAGAUGGUGUAGCUGACAUAGUAGGAAGGCGGUUUGGAAGACAGAAGCUUCCAUAUAACAGGGACAAAUCAUUUGCUGGGAGCAUUGCAAUGGCAUCUGCUGGUUUCAUAACUUCUAUCGGUUAUAUGCACUACUUUUCCCUGUUUGGGUUACUUCAAGAAAGUUGGGGAAUGACUUUUGGAUUCCUUAUUGUCUCUUCACUCACURCAAUAGUAGAGUCACUUCCAAUUAGUUCUGAGCUUGAUGAUAACCUCACGGUUCCCUUGACUUCUCUAUUGGUUGGAAGCCUUGUUUUCUGAUGCCU